AUGUCUUCUCCACGUCCCUCUUCCCCCGACAACGCCGCAGCAGCUGCCAGCGGUGCCAGCGUGGCCCGGCCUUCCUCCCCGACGCCACCUGGUGGUGCCCGAACGGCGAUUAGACGACGCGCUGCUGCCGACCAAAAGGAAAAGAUUGCCAAUGCCCGGCCGACAAGUACAAGAGCUGCUGGUGCUGGGGGCUCUAGUAGCACAAUGCUGAGGCUCUACACUGACGAGUCGCCUGGCCUGAAGGUCGACCCCGUUAUUGUACUGGUGCUGUCUCUUGUCUUCAUCUUUAGCGUCGUUGCCCUACAUAUCAUUGCCAAAGUCACUCGACGAUUCUCAAGCUAG